AUGGCUUCCAAAAGCACGCGGCUGCUCCUGCUACUCGGCUAUGUGGCCAGCCCUGAAGUCCUGGGUGAUAUCAUCAUGAGACCCAGGCGUGCCAAUGGAUGGUUUUACCACAGGUCCAAUAACUAUGGAAACUUCCGGAAGCUGAGGAACUGGCCUCUGGCAGAACUGGAGUGUCAGUCCUAUGAAAAUGGAUCCUACCUGGCAUCUGUCCUGAAUUUAAAGGGAGUGAGCAUCAUAGCAGAGUGCUUAAGUGGCUAUUAAAGAAACCAGCCUGUAGGGAUUGGCUUGUGUGACCCACAGAAGAGGCAGCCGUGGCAGUGGAUCAACAGAGCCGCCUAUCUGGACAGAGCCUGGGCGGGCAAGCUGGACUGUGGGGGCAAGCACCGUACAGAGCUGAGCUCCAGCAACAACUUUUUAACCUGGAAUGACCGCGAAUGCAGCCGGCGCCAGCACUUCCUGUGGAGACAUAGGCCAUAG